UAAAAAAUAGAAACUUCCAAGAUGGCCGAGUCCGUGGACUCCAUGCAUUUCGCAGCAAACAGCAAAACAAAUUCCCCCAAACCCCUGUUAGCUAAACGACCGCCGGAGAGUCGACCGCAGUCUUCAGGCGACAUUUACUCGCCGCCUCCCAAGAAGGUCCGGGUGGAGGAGAAGAGCCUGAAGCACAGGAAACUGAAACGGGGAGGUGUGCGUAGGGGAAAACACAACGGCAGGCAGAGUUGUGGAAGCCCAGCGAAAUGGAGUUUCGGCCCGGCCAAGGCGAGCCACUCCGCCGCCGGGCCAACUGCUCCCGCUCGGAAAAUCUUCAAGAUCAGCAACUUCCUCGCCUCCCCUCCCAAAGUGAAGAAGGCAAAAGAGAAACGGCAUAAGGAGAAAGGCGGUGAAGCGGCGCGCGGUUCGGCCGCGGCAGCGGAGAGAGUGAGCCCAGCUAGCUGCCGUACAAAGACGGAAAACGGCGACGUGAAAAUCCCACAGAGGGACCACCGCGGUAAAGACAGAGAUAAGAAAAAAGAAAAGAGUAAAGAGCGGAAAAAUCACAAAUUGCCUCUUGUUAAUGACAUUGCCAGAGAAAACGGAGAAGUGAUUUCUCCACAGAAAGAAUCAAAGGAAAAGCCCAAAGCUGGUUUGGAGGAAGACCUCCUCCUUAAGAAACUCAAAAAGAAGAAGAAAAAGAAGCACAAAGAUGGAGAGCGGGCAAAGGAGAAGCACAGCCGUCCCAAAAUGUAUCAUCGAUCGUGCCAGACUGUGUGUUCAGGAGUGUCUCCGGAUCUGCCAGAGUUCCUCAGUCGAAUGAAUGGAAACAACAGUAUGAGCGCCAGCAGUCUACUUCAUAGUGCAGCAACACAGCACUCCCACCAGGAUCCCCUCUCUACCUCUACCUCCAUCCCGUCCAUAGUGAGAGAGAGGCUGGGCUACGGCUCCCCGUUCCACUGCACCCCACUGCCAGGCCUGUGUGGUCUGGAGUUUGGCAGGUUUAUCUACAUCGAACAGCAGGCCAAUGGAGGAGCAUCUGUGGUGCACGCUUACAGCGAUCAGCUCUCCCGUUUGUCUCCAGCUGAGAUGCAGCGCUUUGCCCAGGAGUUUGUAACCCUGUCGUUUGAGGAGAGCGAGGAUCAAGCUGCACAUUUUGUGAUGGGAAUCAUUCAUGGAGCAGCCUCCUAUCUCCCAGAUUUCUUGGACUACUUCUCCUACAAUUUCCCCAAUGCACCAGUAAAGAUGGAGGUACUUGGAAAGAAGGACAUAGAGACAACAACCAUGACCAACUUCCACUCUCAGGUGAAGCGGACAUAUUCCCAAGGAACAUACCGUGCCGGGGCCAUGCGGCAGGUCAGCCUAGUUGGGGCUGUGGACGAGGAGGUGGGAGACUAUUUCCCAGAGUUCAUCAGCAUGUGGAGGAAUCUCCCUUUCUGCAGGUGGAUGUCGGACUUUGCUUGGGGGUCGUUCUCGAGUCUGCAAUUGCAGAGUCCUACUGAGAGCGACGAUGGCCCCAUCAUGUGUCAGACUGGUGAACAGAUGAUCCCUAUGGCAGACAUGCCAAAGUCACCUUUAAAAGGAAAAGAUAAAGAACUGCAGUACCUGCCGAGAGCCAGUGAGCCCAGGGAGAUGCUGUUUGAGGACCGAACGAGAGCCCACGCUGACCACAUUGGUCAGGGCUUUGAGAGACAGACAACUGCUGCUGUUGGAGUGCUGAAGGCUGUGCGCUGUGGAGAGGAUUGUGAUACUCCAGCCAGGAUAACCAAAGAUGUUGUAUGUUUCCACGCUGGAGAUUUCCCUGAUGUGGUGAUGCGGCUGCAGCUUGACCUCCAUGAACCGCCACUAUCUCAGUGUGUACAGUGGCUCGAUGAUGCCAAGCUGAACCAGCUAAGGAGGGAGGGGAUCAGAUAUGCCCGCAUCCAGCUGUACCACGAUGACAUCUACUUCAUCCCCCGAGGAGUUGUCCACCAAUUCAAGACUGUGUCCGCCGUCUGCAGUCUGGCCUGGCACAUUCGGCUUAAACAGUAUCACCAACAAGAAGAGGAUGAGGCGAAGGAAGAGAAGUGUGUAAAUGUGCCACUUCAAAUCAAAGAGGAGGAGGAGCAUGAGGAGGAGGAGUGUGGCCCUGUUGUACAAAAUGUGACAAAGCAGGAUGACGAGGAAACUGAGGAAAAGGAGGGGACGCCCUCACAAGCUCCAAAACACAUUUGUAAGGAGGAAGAUCCAGAGAACAGACCUGAGACAAACUCGUGUAUGACCCAGACCCCCUUUGUCAAGAAUGAGAGCAUUGACUGCGUGCUCCCUCACAUGCAAACGGAGCCCAAGGCUGAGGGAGCCGAGAAAGAGGAAAAGGAAAGUCAGGGAGAGGGAGAUGGAAAUAUAAGCAUGUGCCAGACACUGCAGAAGAGACACGAAGAGGAUGGAGUGGACGCCACGUGCUUCAAGUCACUACAACUCAUAAGGAAGAACAAUGAUGUGGAAGACGAGAGGGGGCACAAAACAACUGUACAAGGUCAGUUUGUACGAGAGAAAAGUAAGGACAGCAUAAUAAGCACUAAUAACACGCCGCAAGUUAAAAAGGAAAAGGUAAAGGGGAAAGACAGAGAGAAAGAUGAAAAGGAAAGAGUUAAAAAGGAUAAAGAUAGGAGUAAAGAGAAGGAAAAAGAUAAAAAGGAUCGGGGGAAAGAAAGGGACAAGAUGAGAGAACAGGAAAAAGUUAAGGCAGAGAGUGGAAGAGAGGGGAGUACAGUGCCAUCACUGCAGAUGAGGAAAAAAGAGGAAGAGAACCGGACAAGGGAGGGAAGUAAAGUCUCCCAAACUCCUCUGCCCACUCAGAGAGAUGAAAAGUGGGCCAAAGAAUUGGACGCCAAGACACAACCUCACGUGAAGCGAGAGAAGGAGCCCGACAAAGAUAGGGGAGGUGCACAGGCGAUGCCUCACAGAGAGGAGGCCCAAGAUACCUCAGCACAUAAACACAAGUCUUCACACGGAAAGAAAGAGAGAAGCGGGCACAGGGAGGGCAAAGAAAGCAAUGCCUCAACUACUCAGGCAGGACAAGGAAAGAUGGCAAGGGAGGACGCAAAGACAUCCAAGUCGGUGAACAUUCAGGUUAAAAAAGAAGGAAAGAAGGACUUUACCAAGGAAGAGAGGAAGAAAUCAAACUCUGCUUCUGGUCUCGCUGUAUCAGAGUACAAACCACCACGGACGCUAAUCACCUUUGACCUCUUUAAGCCAGUGGAGGCUCACCAAACUUUGGCGCUGUCCUUCACAGACAGCCGGCCCAAAAUGCAUCAUUACAGUGAUUCUCGGGGCUCCUCUUCCAAGCUUGGGUCUGACAGCCGGACACUUGUGCCGUCUAAAGGAUCAAAAAUAAAGGACACUGUGCAGGGGAAACCUGCCUUAUCCCUACAGGACACUCAGCCACAACAGCACUCGUUAAAACAGCCCCUUAAAAUGCACACACCCCAAACACAAAAAGACUUCUUAAUAUGAAUAUCUAGAUGUCUAGUGUUCUUUUUAAUGUUGGACUUACACAGAGGCUUUGUUAAAAUCUUUAGAAAUGCGUCCUUCAUCCUGACUUUAAAUGCACCGUAGUCGGAGAGUGAGCCCACAAUACUCCUGUGAUGAGGUUAAAAACAGGAUGCACAUUCUGACUAGUUUAACAGUGCCUAUGAAUGUAAGCUAAGUAGCUCACUUCACGUUUGUUAGCGAAUGUAUGUAGGCUCUAUAUAAAUGUCAUGUGACCCGUGUGUCGGUGCCUGUGCACUACUUAGCUUCGCUCUCAAAGCACCUAUUUUAGGUACUGGACUGGCCAGUCUGAAAACCACCACCCUUACUCCCUGCUUACAGGAAUUACCCACGUUCACAUUUGUGGAACAGGUCACUGAAUUCCUGCAGAAUUUUUUUUCUCUUAUUGCUUUGAUCGACGUGGUUUGUUGUUUAACACUCCAAAAUUGGAGCAAGUGGUUGUUUUCAGACUGGACUUUGACUCACACAGGGCUGUAAAUGAUACUGUAUGUACCAAAACUGUACAGUCUAGAUGUUUUAGCAGCAAUGUGAGAAAAUGUAUACAGAAAUUGCAUAUAUUUUUUGUAAGACGAGUUUUAUUUUCCAUAGAACUUAUUUAAAUCAUUUGUCUGUUUUUAUUUGAAACAAAUGUAUGUGAAUUUUUGUUGUAAAUACAUUUUAUUUCCUAAGACUUGGUAGUGUGGUUUAUACUCUGAUUAGAACCGCUCAAUAAAUGGUUCAAAUAUUGA